GUUUUCUGAUCGCCUGGUCCUUAGACCACCAACCCAAGGCGUAGCUACACUGCCAAUGAUGUAUCAUCCGUCCUGUAGACAUUCGACCUUGUCUUCACUGGCAACUUCAGCUAUCUUAUCAGGUCAGGUCCUGUUGCACAUUCACCAGAAAGCAAGAAAAGGAUAGAAAAUGAACUUUGUUCCGCUAAUUCUUGAAAACUCUGCAUUUGCUUGAUACAUUUGCUCUUGGAACAAUAUAUCAAAGAAGAGAAGGUCCCAGGCAUUAGAUCUUGACAGACAUGAGCAAUGGCUUACUCAAUCCAUCAUUCCAGAUAUUUGCCUACCUAUGCCUUGCACUGAUAGCUCUCUUGUUUCCCGUGGUGUCUGCCGACUGGAAAGGCUCUGAACAGUUCAGCGUAAGCUGUGGUACCACCAGCAAUGCCAGUGAUUCUGAUGGUCGAACAUGGUAUGGGGACGCUAACUAUGGGUUAGAUUUUCCUGGCUUUUCAGCCAAGGCAUCAUACCAGGACCCUUCACUUCCUUCCCCAGUACCUUACAUGACUGCUCGCAUCCUCACUUCGAAUUUCACAUAUCCUUUUGGGUUUGGCCCUGGCCGCAUGUUCCUUCGGCUCUACUUCUAUCCAACUUCUUAUGCUGAACAUACUGCUGCAGAUGCCUUGUUUAGUGUCACUGCAGGGAUCCAUAGCCUUCUAAGUGACUUCAAUCCUUUCCAGACUGCUCAGGCCAUGGGUCGCACUUACCUCAUCCGUGAAUACUCCUUGAAUGUUACUUCAGAUCAACUCAAUGUCACAUUUUCCCCAUCAACACACCAUGCUGGGUCUUAUGCGUUUGUGAAUGGCAUCGAAAUUGUGCACACUCCUGACAUUUUCACGAUGCCAGUGCCAAGAUUCACGAAUGGUGGGAACCCAGAUCUAUUCCCAAUUUCCUCUAGCAUAGCCCUUGAAACAAUGUACCGUCUUAAUGUUGGGGGUACGACGCUCCCUGCGAGAUAUGAUAAUGGCUUUUACCGCUCAUGGGAAGAUCACGGCCGCUAUAUUUCUGGAUCUUCAGUUGGCUUGAAUUUGUUCAAAAACAGAAAUGUCACAAUCAGUUACCCACUUCGCAUGCCGGAUUACAUAGCACCAAUCUAUAUCUAUGAGACAGCAGUAUCCAUGGGGAGAGAUGCAGGUAUCAACAUGGGGUACAAUCUUACAUGGAUUUUGCUUGUCGAUGCAGGGUUCUACUACCUUCUGAGGUUCCAUUUCUGUGAGAUCCAGUAUCCAAUAACCAAGGUAAACCAGAGGAGUUUCUUCAUAUACAUCAACAACCAGACAGCAGUGGAGCAGAUGGAUGUCAUUCUUUGGAGCGGAGGAAUCGGUAUACCAGUUUACACCAACUACGUUGUUGUCACAGUUGGUCAUGGUCAGACAGAUCUGUGGGUAGCACUCCACCCUGAUCUCAGUAGCCGACCACAAUAUUAUGAUGCAAUUCUAAAUGGCCUGGAAGUAUUCAAGCUACAGGAUAACAGCAAUAAUAAUCUUGCAGGUGUCAACCCUACACCCAAGCAAAAUCGUGAUAGGGCAGCAUCUCAUGGUCAAGAUAAAACAAAUGCUAGAAUCCCAGCGAUCAUUGGUGGUGGAGCUGCUUCUGGUGUCUUGGCUUUGUUCAUUUCCAGUUUCUGCAUUUAUGUUAUGUACAGGCGGAAGAAAACUAACUACACUCAUGGCAAGACCAAUGGGCAUCCUCCCAACGGAGAUAGAGAAUUGCUAUUGGCCACCUCGCACUCGAAGGAUUUGAAGCUUUGCCACAACUUCUCGUUCAAGCAAAUCCAGGAAGCCACCAACAACUUCGAUGAGACCUUUCUCCUAGGCAAAGGUGGGUUUGGGAAUGUAUACCACGGUCAGAUAGCUGGUAGGCUGAAGGUGGCAAUCAAGCGUGGUAACCCUCAGCCCCAGCAGGGCAUCCAGGAAUUUCAGAAUGAAAUUGAGAUGUUGACCAAUCUCCGGCAUCGCCACCUUGUGUCCACUAGUAGAAAAAGGGUCAAAUGUAAAGCACAUUAGUGCCGGUUUGUAUUUGAGCCGGCACUAAUGUAUACAUUAGUGCCGGUUCCAACGGCUAGCCGGGCCCCUUUCAUUAGUACCGGUUCGUGACGAACCUUUAUCACCGGUUCGUGCCACGAACCGGUGCUAAUGAGAGUGGUGGCAGGAUGUUGUCAGAAUGGGGCCCCUCCAGCCUCUUUAGUACCGGUUCUUGGCACAAAC